AUGGCCAAACCACCAUCCCGUGAUAUUAUCAAAAUCAUUUUUCAAAAUUUCUUCAAAUCCUUUCGUCCUCGGCAAAUUCGUGGCAAUUUAAUUGGUGAAGAUUAUUUUGGUAACAAAUACUAUGAAAUACCAGCCGAUCCCUCGAUAGGUAAACGUAAACCCUCAAGAUGGUUUGAACCAGCCGACAAGGAAGCAUUCGAUAAUGAAAUCACCGCUGAAUGGGAAGCAUGGCUGCGAGGACGUCGUGAAGAACCGCCGAGCCGAGAGGAAUUGGUACGAAAUUUACAAAUUAUGGAUAUGAAAAAACGUAAUGCAGUUGAAUUGGAAGAGAAAUAUGGCGAGAAAGAUGCCAAGGGUAAAUUAAUACAACCGCAAGAGACCUACAAUACCUUCCCGAAAUAUAAUGAUUAUGAAAUUAUACCCGGCAAGGAUCCGGAGAAGAAGUAA